UUUGGUCCGCGACCAUCCCUUUGGAUCCAGUCGAAGAGCGCGCCUCGUUCCUAUGGCAACCGCGCCGGGUCCAUGCGCAGACGGCGGGUGACAAGGGUCAAAACAGACUCGCAAAAUAGACGCCUUGGACCGGUUCAGUCCGCGCCCUCGGUGCGCCGGGCCUUUAAGCGUCACGUGACUACCCUCCAACUCGUCGCCCCUCUUUCCCUCCCCAGGUCCCGGCAAGCGCUGGUUUGGACCGGAGGUUCCCGGCCCGGCGGACUAACUGGAGCGUGGACGCUGCAGCCGGUUAGGCUGGUGCCCUUUUCCGCUCUGGGAAGGAAGAGAAAUGGAAGUGAAAAAAUUGAGCAUUUCCUGGCAGUUCUUGAUAGUUCUGGUUCUGAUCCUGCAAAUUCUGUCUGCGUUGGAUUUUGACCCAUACAGAGUCCUAGGGGUCAGCCGAACAGCCAGUCAGGCUGAUAUUAAAAAGGCUUAUAAGAAGCUCGCCCGGGAAUGGCAUCCUGACAAAAACAAAGACCCUGGGGCAGAAGACAAGUUCAUUCAAAUCAGCAAGGCUUAUGAGAUUCUUUCCAAUGAAGAAAAAAGAUCACAUUAUGACCACUAUGGUGAUGCCGGCGAGAACCAGGGCUACCAGAAGCAGCAGCAGCAGCGGGAGUAUCACUUCCGCCAUUUCCAUGAGAAUUUUUAUUUCGAUGAGUCUUUUUUCCACUUCCCUUUUAAUUCUGAACGGCGGGACUCGAUUGAUGAAAAGUACUUACUGCACUUUUCACACUAUGUGAAUGAGGUGGUCCCAGAUAGCUUCAAGAAACCCUACCUCAUUAAGAUCACCUCGGAUUGGUGCUUCAGCUGCAUCCAUAUUGAGCCUGUUUGGAAAGAAGUCGUUCAAGAGCUGGAAGGAUUGGGCGUAGGAAUCGGUGUGGUCCAUGCCGGGUACGAGAGGCGCCUGGCCCAUCACCUGGGAGCACACAGCACACCCUCUAUCCUAGGAAUCAUAAACGGGAAGAUCUCCUUCUUCCAUAACGCAGUGGUCCGUGAGAACCUACGGCAGUUUGUAGAGAGUCUUCUUCCUGGGAACUUGGUGGAGAAAGUUACAAAUAAAAACUAUGUCCGAUUCCUCUCUGGCUGGCAGCAGGAGAAUAAACCACAUGUCCUUCUGUUUGACCAAAUGCCCGCUGUCCCGCUGCUAUACAAGUUGACUGCUUUUGCGUACAAAGACUACUUGUCAUUCGGCUAUGUGUACGUUGGCUUGAGGGGGGCGGAAGAGAUGGCGCGGCAGUACAAUGUCAAUGUCUACACCCCCACCAUCCUGAUCUUUAAAGAACACAUACACAAGCCUGCAGAUGUUAUCCAGGCCCGAGGUGUGAAGAAACAGGUCAUUGACGACUUUAUCACCCAAAACAAGUAUCUGUUGGCAGCCAGGCUCACCAGCCAGAAGGUGUUCCACGAACUCUGCCCUGUGAAGCGGUCUCACCGGCAGAGGAAGUACUGUGUAGUUUUACUGACCGCCGAGGCUACCAAGCUGAGUCAGCCCUUCGAGGCCUUCCUGUCCUUUGCCCUCGCAAACACGCAGGACACAGUGAGGUUUGUGCACGUCUACAGCAAUCGGCAGCAGGAGUUUGCCGACACCCUGCUACCAGACAGCAACGCGUUUCAAGGAAAAUCAGCGGUGUCUAUUUUAGAAAGGCGCAACACAGCAGGGAGGGUGGUAUAUAAAACCCUGGAGGAUCCCUGGACCGGGAGCGAGAGUGAUAAGUUCAUCCUUUUGGGUUAUCUUGACCAGCUGCGCAAAGACCCAGCUCUUCUGUCUUCGGAAGCUGUGCUCCCCGACCUGACUGAUGAACUUGCCCCCAUUUUUCUCCUUCGGUGGCUCUACUCUGCUUCUGACUACAUCUCAGACUGCUGGGACAGCAUCUUCCACAACAACUGGCGGGAAAUGAUGCCCCUUCUGUCCCUGGUCUUCUCCGCGCUCUUCAUCCUCUUUGGCACCGUCAUCAUCCAGGCCUUCAGUGACUCGAACGAUGAGCGAGAGUCAAACCCUCCGGAUAAAGAGGAAGCCCACGCGAAGACAGGGAAGACGGAGCCCAGCUUCACCAAGGAACCCAGCAGCAAGAUUCCUAAAAAAGGCUUUGUGGAGGUAACGGAGCUCACGGACGUCACGUACACCAGCAACUUGGUGCGCCUGCGGCCGGGCCACAUGAACGUGGUCCUCAUCCUGUCCAGCUCCACCAAGACCAGCCUGCUGCAGAAAUUCGCCUUGGAGGUCUACACGUUCACCGGGAGCAGCUGCCUGCACUUUUCCUUCCUGAGUCUAGACAAACACAGAGAAUGGCUAGAGUACUUAUUAGAAUUUGCUCAAGACGCGGCCCCGAUCCCAAACCAGUACGACAAGCAUUUCAUGGAACGUGACUACACUGGCUACGUGCUGGCUCUGAAUGGCCACAAGAAAUACUUCUGCCUCUUCAAGCCCCAAAAGACAGUCGAAGAGGAGGAGGCCAUGGGGUCGUGCAGCGACCUUGACGCCUCCCUCCAUCUGGGUGAAUCUCGAGGGAAAUCUUCCAGUGGCCUUGGAUCCAAGCCCAUCAAAGGAAAACUGAGCAAAUUGUCCUUAUGGAUGGAACGGCUGCUGGAAGGCUCCUUACAGAGGUUUUAUAUCCCGUCGUGGCCUGACCUAGACUGAGAGGACCUCGCAGAGAGACUCAAACUCUUCCAACUUUUUAAACAGGCCUCUGUGAACAGGUAUUUGCAGGACUCAAACGAUCACAACGGACAGAGUAUAGAUUUUAGAUUAUUCUUCCAGAACAACGGCUAGAAGAAUCUCUCCUUUGUCCUCUUCUGACCGAGGAGUGAAAACACCCCUCGUUGAAUUCCCUAGAUCAAAAUAUCUUCCUUUGGGUUUUUCUUUCCCCAUUUGAAUGCCGCACUUCUUUAAAAUGCUGCUCUUUCCCUCUCCUCUGUGGUCCCCGCCACGUGCUCCCCGCCGUCCCCCGCAUCCUGUCUCUAUGCUGUGGGAGAAGCACAGGGUUCAGCCCUGCCACAGAACCUGGAGGGAACCUAGAGAGCCUGGUGUGCCGGUCAGGUCAUUUGUCCCCUCCCUCCACCCCCCACCACCACCUGGCCGCCUCGGUCCCUCUGCCACGGUGCAUGCUGUAACAGCAGAACCCCACACAGCAGCUUCCGGGCCCUGCGUCUUGAAAGAGGCCUGGUUCCAAGCAAUCAGACAUUCAUGGUGUUUCUGGUAGUAAAUGGCCACACGUCCUUUUGGGGGGCAUCUCCCUCCAGUAGCUUGUCAGCCACGGUUUUCAGAGGGUAGGGAUGAGCGGCAAUUCUCCACCUAAGUUUGCUUUUCUUCCCAAGAUGAGAGAAGGGAGGGCUAGGCAGCACCUGAAGCGCUGCCUUGGUGAGAGUCCUGUCCGCCGCCUCCCGAGCACUCAGUGUCCCGGGGAGGGAGGGAUUCCACCAGGGAGGGCUCCGCACAGGGAGAAGUACUGUAAUGACCUCGAGCCAUUCGCAUGUAUGUUUGCAGAUGCCUUUCUCCUCUGUCAGUUUUAGGGGAUGGAUAUCAGGAGCCAUAACCCAUAGUCUUGUUCUCUGAACCUAGACAUCAGCUGCUCUAAAGCCAGUAGAUGUUAAACCGAAGACACAUUAUUCCUGCCAUGAGUCCGGCUCACGGAACCUCUUCCCUCCAGGGGUGUCUCUUUAGUAAAAUACCAGACAUGUCUUUGUAUCACGGAACUUAAAAUUUCUCAGCAGUUGUAUUUUGAACACUGUUACCCCCAAAGUACUGUAUCUUGAAGUCCUCUUUUGUGACAAAAAAACCAAGGCACAUUCUAGACUCCUUUUUGCUCACUUCGAGCUUCUGGCCUAUGUUUUGAUGUCUCAUUGUAAUUGUUUUCACUCUUUUUUUUGUUUGUUUGUUUGUCUUUUCAGGCCCACACCAGCAAUAUAAGGAAGCUCCCAGACUAGGGGUCGAAUCGGAGCUGAGCUGCUGGCCUAUGCCACUGCAACGCCGGAUCCUUAACCUGCUCAGUGAAGCCAGGGAUCGACCCUGCAUCCUCCUGCAUACUGGUCAGGUGUGUUAACCGCUGAGCCACAGCAGGAACUCCUUAAUUGUUUUCAUAGCAACUGCUUGACCAGUAACAGGGUCAGACUUGUCAUCGGGACCCCAGCUCAUGGAGCUGCAGUGACCGGUGGACUCCAUGCCAUUUCAUACCAGCCAGUUAGAGAGUUGACCUUUUCUUUUUAGAGCAAACUACCAGUGAAAUUUGGAAAACCUCAGAGAGUUCAGAUGUCAAAAAAGAUUGCCCUUUUAUGAAGUGAAGGGUCAAAAUCAGUGAUGGGACCAAAUAGGUUAGUAUUCUCUUUAAUCAUAAUUGCUUUAAACUAAGCCACUUGGAUUGAGCUACAGUAGCAAGUCAUAAAUUAUUUGAGCCCAGAAAUUCCUACAGUCUUCUAUCAUGAUACAGCUUUUUUUUUUUUAAAUAAAGAAAUUGUAGUUCCCGUCAUGCCUCAGUGGUUAAUGAACCCAGCUAGUAUCCAUGAGGACUUGGGUUUGGUCCCUGACCUCGCUCAGUGGAUUUAAGGAUCCGGCAUUGCCGUGAGCUAUGGUGGAGGUUGCAGACGCAGCUCGGAUGUGGCGUGGCUGUGGCGUAGGCUGGCAGCUACAGCUCUGAUUCGACCCCUGGCUUGGGAACUUCCAUAUGCCUCAGGUGCAACCCUAAAAAAACAAUAAAAACAAAAAAAAGAAUAAAUCACUGCCAGGCUUUAUUUUUCCACAUGAUCCUCUAAAAAUGGAUGUUUAUUUUGAUUGUGAUAGCUCAUGGCACCUGGCCUAGGUAGAAUUGGCUCCGUGAUGCACCAAACCCUCAGAAUUAUUUUCUGCAUCUUUUGUGGCCAAGUUGCUUAUAUGAGUAGUGUUUUGAUUCAGUGGUAGGCUUUUAUAUUUUUUAAUUUCUGGUACUAAUGGGAUUCCUGACCUUAAUUUCUAAAAACCAAAACUCCUCAAGUUUGUUUUUUGUUUGUUUUUUUUUUUUUUUUUUUUUGGUUUUUGGUUUUUGUGGUUUUUUUGUAUUUUAGGGAUGCACCUGUGGUAUAUGGAGGUCCCCAGGCUACGGGUCGAACCGGAGGUGCAGCUGCCGGCCUACGCCACAGCCACAGCAAUGCCAGAUCCUUAACCCACUGAGCGAGGCCAGGGAUUGAACCUGCAUCCUGGAUACUAGUCAGAUUCGUUUCCACUGAGCCAAGACAAUGGGAACUCCAGGCAGGAUACAGUGCAAAUAGCUUUUUUAAAUUUUCGAUUGAUUGAUUAAUUUUUGCUUUUUAGGGCUGCACGCGUGGCACAUGGAUGUUCCCAGGUUAGCGGGUGGAAUCAGCUACAGCCGUCACUGGCACCGCCAGAUCCCCAACCUGCUGAUCGAGGCCAGAGAUUGAACCCACACCCUCAUGGAUACUAGUCGGAUUUGUUUCGGUUUUGCCACAACUGGAACUCCAGGUUUGUUCAUUUUAAAAAAUUGUCCCGCCAUGGUGCGAAGUGGGUUUAGAGCCUGACUGCAGCAGCUCAGAUUGCUGCGGAGGUGCAGGUUCAAGCCCCAACCCAGCGAAGUGGGUUAAAGGAUCCAGCGUUACUGCAGCUGCACGGGUCACAGUUGUGACUUGGAUUCAGUCCCUGGCCCGGGAACUUCCAUGUGCCACGAGUGCAGCCAUAAAACUUCUAUUUUUUAAGUGUAUUAUUAAAAUAAAAGUCACCCAUAGCUGCACCUUUCCUUUGUACUAAGAAAGGCAAGUAAUAAUGGUAAAAACGUCGUUGGCAGAUAUUUCAGUCUAAAAAGAUCCACAGAUCUCUUUGGGGACCGGCAGAUAUGUUCCCCAAGAGGACACUAGGAAGCUUUUGUUUUAAACUGACCUUUAUCCUUGACCAGCCAAGCCUUUCCUUCUAAAUGUUUCCAUGAAUUUGUUUACUUUUGUGUUGAAUGUAUGAGCCACUGCCUUGCAAAGCGAAGGCUACCAUUUCUCUUACUCAUAUGGGUGACCACACAGACCCAAUUUUGGCGUGAGGUUAACUUCCUUGUCUUCGAAUAUCUUGAAACUGAUGACAUUGAUGUUUUUAGAGGUAGGUAUUUCUGGUUGAUACAGACUCUGCGUCACGGUUAGCAGAUGGGGACAAAAACUGGCCUAAAAACAAGGCUUCGUGGAUACACAAGCCCAUUUUAAAAAUGUUUUCUUACUGCCCUGGUGUCAGCACAGUUCGUCUACCAUAGAGUUCAUCAGCACCAGAGAAGCAGCACUCCAGUGAGCAAGCCUGUCCCGACUUCAGCACCACAGUCUCGCCGCCAUCACUGACCAUGAAAAUCUGGCUGCGGUUUUCAAAUAACAGGUUGAGGAGUUCCCGUCGUGGCUCAGUGGUUAACAAAUCCAACUAGAAACCAUGAGGUUUCAGGUUUGAUCCCUGGCCUUGCUCAGUGGGUUAAUGAUCCAGCAUUGCCGUGAGCUGUGGUGUAGGUCGGAAACAGAGCUCAGACCCCACGUUGCUGUGGCUCUGGGGUAGGCUGGCGGCUACAGCUCCGAUGAGACCCCUAGCCUGGGAACCUCCAUAUGCCGCGGGAGUGGCCCUAGAAAAGACAAAAACAAAUAAUAGGUUGAUUUCCUCCUCAUUCAGUACAUAAAUGUUUUCCUGAUAUAAAAGAAAUGGGAUCUGAGUGUGUUUCAAGUGACUUGCAUUGUUUGGGAAAAGGGAUUAGGAGCAAACACUCAAAACAUUUUUUCUAAGCAAAAUUCUUGAAAAGCUGAUGCACAGCAUCUUCACAGAUGAAACAUUGCUCACAUCCAACUACCUGAUGUUGUCCCUUGAAAACCAACAGCGUGGCAGCAGCUGAAUCUGUCUGUUCAGUUUGUCAAGGAGGAUGAUCGUACUUUGAAGACAGACUUAAAAGAAGGUGAAUAUUUUGCACUUUUGAUACUCUUAGGAACAAAUAACUUAUUUGGCAAAUGGUGUCUUUUUUAUGUUGUUUUUGUUUUGUAUCGUGAAUAGGCACUGAAGCUGAUGUUAUUUUGUUUUAAGGAUGUUACAGACUGGAAACAGAAAUAAACUAUUUUAAUGUGUGA